UCUCGUUUUGCGUUCUGAUCUUUCGAUUCCUUCCCCCACCCCACUGCCUCUCGUCUGUAGUGCUCAGUUAUGCUCGGUUAUUAGUCUGCCCGCAAUGCCGCUGCUAGGAGGAAAGUUGCAUCCCUUAGCGCAGCCACCGGCGGGCCUGGAGGAUAACGAGCAGCUCUAUGUCGUCAGAUUCACGAGAGAAGCGUUUCGCAACUACGAGGACUAUCUUGCCGCCAUUCGACGCUAUAAGCAGCGCAUAUGGACGUGUACCGAGACGGGUCAGAGCGGGCUGACUUAUGAAGAAGCACUCAAUAGCGAGACAGAGACGGUCGAGGAGAAGAGGCGGCUGAAGCAGUCGGGUUACCGGGAUCUGCCGGAUUGGUUUCACAAGAUCGCCAUCCCUAUCGUUCACAAGAGCAAGCAGAGCAAGGGUGCACUCGUAACGGCGAUCCAAGACGCCCAGGACGACAGAGGAAGCAACCGGAUCGGCAAGAAGCCCAUCAAUGCGUGGAUCAGCAAAUUCGCCUCUCGGAUCCUGCUGCAGGACAACGAGUGGGUGGUAGCCAGCGAUCUGCGCACUAAGUACGGAUUCACCAGCAGCAGGAAGAGCCUGGGGAAGGGCAAGGGGAAAGGGAGGGGGAAGGAUGCAGAGGGGUGGAGUGGAGAGGGGGAGGGGCGGGGAGAAGGGGCGGGAGCAGACCAGAAGGCAAAGAAGAAGCAGAAGCGAGAAGAAGCAGGGGCAGGAGCAGAGGGAGAGUCCAAGAAGCGAAAGGCUGGGGUGGGAAGUACCAAGGAGGCAGGUACUACUGCGCUGCAGAAGAAGCACAAGCGCGUGAAGGAGAGUGGUGGAAGUGGAGGAGAGGAGGAGCGGGUGGGGGUGGUGGGUGUGGAAGGCGGGGAGGGAGAGGGCGCUGCUCCUUCUGGGAGAUGCCCUGUGUGCAAGCGCAAGUCCCACAAGGACAAUGCGCCUCUGCUCGUCUGCUCCGCUUGUCCCCGGGCCUUCCACCUGCCGUGCCUGCCUGCUGCUAUGCUUCCCCCUGGCAUGCUGGCGGAAAAUGGGGAAACACCAUCACAAGCACAAGCGUCGCAGCCUGGAGGGACUCAGAGCCAGAGUCAGCCGACACCUCUUGUGACGACUCCAGGAGGCGGAGAUAAAGAUCGGGGAGGGAGACUGCUGCUCUGCCCCGCCUGUUGGCGCAGCCAAGCGAAGCAGCAGCAGAAGGAGGAGCAGCGGAGGGCUGAAGAGGAGCGCAAGUUGCAGAAGCAGAGGGAGAGGGAGCAGCAGCAGCGGAUGCGGCAGUACCCGAUCGAGGAUCUCGAGGUGGAGGCGGAGGAGAGGAGAGAAAUGGAGGCCGCUAUUGCUGCUUCUGGUGCUGCUUCUGCUGCUGCCGCUAUUGCUGCCGCUGCUGGUGCUGCUGGUGCUGGUGCUGCUGGCGCCACUGCCACAACCACUGCGGGUGUUGCACCGGCUACCCCUGCUGCCACUCCAGAUGCUGCCACAGCCAUUACUGCUGCUGCUGCGGCACUGACCCCGUCUCCUCACUCUCCUCCGCCCGCCCUCUCCCUCGCACUGCUGCUGCGCCCCCCUCGCCCCACUCCCAUGCGUGCCGAAAUCGCCCUGGGCUUAGACGAUCCUCUUGACCUCUCUCUGUGGAUCGCCCGUCAGUCCAAGGCACACACAGCAUGUGACCCUGGGAGAGGUCAUAGGGGUGAGAUGAAUGAAAGCAAUAGGCGAGUCAAGGGGGAGGAAGAGGAGGUGUCGGAGGGAAAGGAUGAGGAGGAAGAGGCUGGCGGAAUGGAGAAGGGCCAUCCGUUGUCCGACGCUGCUGCUGCUGAUGAUGACAUUGAUAAGAUGGUCGAUCCUGACAUGGCGAAACGGCGUGCCGCCAUUGGCCCAUUACUGCAGAACCCCCAUACCACGUCAGAGGACACGCAGCAGCAACCCCUCUCUCAAAAGACGCCCAUUGCACAGACCAAGGAGGAAACAGCCACUCCUGGGAUGCCCAAACAAGCAUCUUUGUUUCCCAGUCUCUUGGUGGUCUCCCAAUCGGAGAGAGCUGCUAGAGCUCCCACUCCCUUGGUGCCCCAGUCCAUGGGCGACGUCCUUCAAGUCUUCCAGUUCCACCGCGAAUUCUCCCGUUUCGCCAAGGUCUCCCCAGUUCCCCUCCGGAAGCUCACCCGCGCGCUCGCGCAAGCAGACGAAGAAAGCGGGUGGCUCGUUUUGUCCGACCUGCACGUUCACCUGUUCAGGGCGUUGUUGAAUCUGGGCGGCGGGGAGGUGCCGGGCGGGCAUGAGGGGAUCGGCGUGACUCAGAAGGUUCUGGACCGCUGGAAGAGGCUCCUGGAUGCUGCCACGUGGCAGGAGAUCAUUCGCAGGUACCUAAUCAGAGCAAAUCCCAUGCCUCCUCUUCUCUCCACCGUCUCCCACUCCCUCGCCUCCUCUCCCUCUCUCUCCCUCCCCCCCGGCCUGCACCUGUUCCUGCUGAACCUGCUUCUGACGGAUGUGCUAGAAGCGGAGGAGACGAGGGAGAUGCUUGGAGAGAACAUGGAGGCGGGGAUCGAGCUGGGUAAGAAGCGGUACAAUGAGGUGAUGGAGGAGAGGAAGGAGCGGAAUGAGGAGGUUAGGAGGCAGCAGGAGGAGCAGAGGGCUGAGAGGGAGAAAAGGGAGAAGGAGAAGGAAAAGGAGAGGGAGAGGGAGAAGGAGAAGGAGAAGGAAAGGGAGAGGGAGAGGGAGGAGAAGGAGAUGGAGAAGGAGAAGGAGGGGAAGGUGGAAGGAGGCAAAGGGAAGGGGAAAGAGAAGGAGAAGGGGAAGGGGAAGGAGAAGGGGGCGAUAAAUGGGAAAGAGAAGGGGAAGGGGAAGGAGACGGAGAAGGAGAAGGAGUGGGAAGAAUGUGAUACAGACGAGGAGGUGGAGUUCUUGUUCCAAGUGCCGGAGGAUAUAAAGGAGUACCGGGGCGACCCCAUGGACAGAAAGGCAGUUCUUGCGCACAAGGAGAGGCUGAGGCAGGAAGAGGAGCGGGUGAACAGGUUAAAGAGCGAGUACAUUCGGAAGAAGGAGGCGGAGAAGCGAGCAGCGGAGAGGGCAAAGAACGAGGCGGAGAGGAAGCGUUUGGCACAGGAGAGAAAGCGGGAGGAGGAGCGGAGGAAGCGGGAGGAGGCAUACGAAAAGGAGAUGGCUCGUCUUGUGAUUCGCACUUUACCCCUGGGCUUGGACCGACACCACAACCGAUACUGGCUGCUUACUGGGGAGCCUAAGGUAGUGUGGGUGGAAGAGAGAGGUGGGAUGGUGGGAGAGGGGGAGGUGGUAGGAGGAGGAGGAGGACGAAGUGGAAGAGGAGGGAGCGGAGCAGGAGAGGGAGAAGGGAGGGGGGGAGGAGGAGGAGCAGGAGGAGCAGGAGGAGAGGAGGAGAGGAGGAAGGGGAUGGGGGUUGAGAUGGGGGUUAGCUGGCCGGGAUCGCGUUGGUUCUGUUACACUUUCAGGGAAGAAAUAGAGGAGCUUAUAGCGAGUCUGAAUGAAAAGGGGAUAAGAGAGGCGGCGCUGAAAGCAGCACUGGUGAAGGUGAAGGGGAGGCUCAUGGGGGCGAUGAAAAAGCGGGGGAGUGGAGGAGGGGGGAGGGAGAGGGGAAAGGGAGGAGCAGAAGGGGAAGGGGAGGAGGCGGAAGGGGGGAAAGGGGAUCAGGAUGGGGAAGGAAAAGGAGACCGAAGCUUCAAGGAUGGUGCGGGGGGUGUUGAGACGACCAGAGGGAGAGGGGGAGCGGAUGUGUUUGUAUCUGACGUGCCUGGUAAAGAGGAGGUAGGGAGUGGGGAGGAAGGGAGGUGGAAAGGGGAGGUUGCUACUGUGGGGGAGAAGGUGAGGGAGCAGAUGGAAGGGAUCAGGAAGGUUCUGGAGGGGCUUAAGGCUGCGCCUCCUCCUGUUGCGGCCACCACUGCUGCUGCUGCUGUGCUCGCACCAGCUACGGCUGGUAGUCCCUCUGCUGCUGCUGCUGCUGGCGCUGCUGGUGGUUCUGGUGCUGCUGGUGGUUCUGGUGCUGCUGCUGCUGCUGCCAAAGGUUCAACAGGCUCAGCGACUCCCACGUGGGCUAUUUGGGCAGAUCUGGUCGCCAGAGCCACUGCUGUUGCCGGCCCCAAAACGGAUCAAAUCAGAUCUUUGGGGGCGCACAGCUCCUCUGGGCUAGCUAUUGUGAUGGGUGGCAAGAAAGGUCUUGGUUCUCGUUCCCCUGCUGCUGCUGCUGCUGCUGCUGCUGCUGCUGCUGAUACUGCUGCUGCUGCUGCUGCUGCUGCUGCUGAUACUGCAGUGGCAGAACCAGCAGCAUCCGAAGCAGGGGCAGAGGCAAGAGCAGAGGCAGGAGCGGUCGGGGAAACUAAGUCAACCGCGUCCCCUCCCCCACCCGAAUCCGUGCCAGUCAAGGGAGUCAACGGAGUCAAGGGAGUCAACAGUGAGCGUGUCCAGCUGGCGCGACAGGUGGCGGCAUUGCGGCGGCUGCUGCUGUGCGCUGAGGUGGCGGCUUUCAAGCUCUGUGGGGAUGCUCUUGGGGAGAGGAGCGGAGGAAAUAGAGGGAGGAGAGAGGAGGAGGAAGGGAGUGAGGGUCAUGAGAGAGAGGAGGUGUGCAACAGGAGGGACAAGAGAGAGAAGGAAGCAGACAGUAAGGCGGACAAGGGCGGUAACUGGGGGGAAUCAGAAGCAGACGAGGAGGCGGAGGGGGUGGAGGGGAGAGAGGAGGGGGGAGAGGAGGAGGAGGAAGCAGCGACUGUGAGUGAGGUUGAGGAGCAGGAGGAGGACGAGGGGGUGAAGGGCCCGCCUGCUGCGCGCUGCUUGUGGCGGUCGCGGCGAGUGAGGCGGAUGUGGAGGAGGGAGGUGAUGGCGGCUCGCACACUCUCCUCGCUCACUUACCUUGCAGCUUCUCUAAGGGAGCGAUGCAGUGCUCUCGAUGCAUCUAAAAUGCACAGCGAAAGAAACGAUGAAGGGGGAGGAGUGGAGGCGGGGACAAGAGAGAAUGAGGAGGAAGAGAAAGUGGAGGAGAACAAGGGAGAGGAAACAGUUAAGGGAGCGAAAGAGGAAGCAGAUAAUACCCAAGAAGGUAAGAAUAGAAGCAGGAAAGACGGGGCAAAGAGGGGCAAUGAGUUUGACAAUCACGAAGAAGCUACGGAAGGGGGGGAGAAGGAGGAGGAGGAAGACGAGGAUGACGUGGCAUUGGAGGAGGAGGAGGACGACGACGUGGAGGGGAAAUCAGAGGAAGGAGGCGAGGGGGGGCGGGAAGAGGACGGAGGUGAGGCCUUCACUAUCGUCGGAGGCAGAAAGCUGAGGCUGAGAGGUGAACCCGCGGGCUCAAGAGCACAGCAAGCAGGCGGAUCCACCCAAUUUACAGACUGGAACAAGCCCGGUUUAUCUGAGGGACGAGCCAGGACUCUUUCUCCCUUCUGUGCUUCCUGCGGGGAGGCAGUCGAGACAGGGGAGCAGGUGGAGAAGGGGGAGAUGGGGGAUAUGGUGGAUUUUGUUCGCUGCGCGGCUGCUUCCUGCCACAAGGCGUUUCACCCUGCGUGUGCUGGGCUGAGGCGCAAGGCCGCCAAGGUUGCUUGGUUCUGCGGCGAGUGCCGGCAGGAGGAAGAGGAUGAGGAGGAUGAGGAGGAUGAUGAGGAUGAGGAGGAAGAGGCGGAAGAGGAGGAGGAGGAGAAUGGGAAGGGGAAUGAUGAUCAGGAGGGCGGUAGUGAGGAAGAGGAGGGAGAGGGGGGAGAGGAGGAGAAGGAAGGGGGGGAAGGGGGGGAAGCAAAGGAGGAUGAGGGGGAGGAAGAGGAAGAGGAGGAAGAGGAGAGCGAGGAGGAUAGUGAGGAGGAAAGGAAAGUGCGUGGAAGGGGCAGCAAGGGGAGGAAGCCUACAAACGGGAAAGGCAGAGGUCGUUCUGGUGUUGAUGCUCUAACUGGGAGACUGCGGGGGAAAAGAGAAGAGAGCGAGGAUGAAGAGGAGGAGAGCGAGGAGAGCGAGGAGAGUGAGGAGGAUAGGAAAGUGCGUGGAAGGGGCAGCAAGGGGAGGAAGUCUACCAAAGGGAAAGGCAAAGGUCGUUCUUCUGUGGAUUCUCUAACUGGGAGACUGCGGGGGAAAAGAGGAGAGCACGAGGAGGAAGAGAAGGAGGAUGAGGAGAGCGAGGAGGAAGAGGAGGAGGAUGAGGAGAUCGAGGAGGAUAAUGAGGAGGAAAGGAAAGUGCGUGGAAGGGGCAGCAAGGGGAGGAAGCCUACAAAAGGGAAUGGCAGAGGUCGUUCUGGUGUUGAUUCUCUAACUGGUAAGAGAAAGUUGCAGAGGGAAAGUGAAGAGAGUGAAGAGGAAGAGGAGGAAGAGGAGGAGGAUGAGGAGGAGGAAGCCGAAGAAGUUGGGGAGGAUGACGAUGGGGAACAGGAGGAGAGUGAAGGGGAGAGUGAGGAGGAAAGGAAAGUGAGGAGGGGUAGCAGCAAGGGGAAGGGUUCAGCUGAAGCAGGAGCGAAGAAGAGCAAAGGUGGAAGUGGGGCUGCUGUUGUUGCAGGAACUGAGAGAUUGCGGAAGAGAAAAGGAGCAGUGAGUGAGGAGGAAGAGGAGGAAGAUGAGGAGGACGAGGAAGAGGAGGAAGAGGAGGAAGAGGAGGGGGAGGAGGAGGAAAGUGAAGAGAAUAGCGAGGAGGAAGUGAAAAUGAGUAGAAGGAACAGCAACGGAAGGAUGCCAGCCAAAGGGAAAGGUCAAAAUGGUGCUGCUGCUAAUGCUCGAACAAAGAAACUGCCGAGGGAAAGAGAAGAGAGUGAGGAGGAGGAAGAAGAGGAGGAAGAGGAGGAAGAGGAGGAAGAGGGGAAUAAGAACAGGGAUAACACUAGUGGUGCUGAUUAUGGUAGUAGUGGAUUGACUAUGCGCCGCGUGACGCGUGGUAUGCUCUCAGAAUGGAGCCAAGAGACGCCGACCCAAGAUACGCCCUUUCAGUACGAGCCAAGGAAAGUGGCAAGAGAAGCAGCAAAGGAAGCAGCAAAGAAAGGUGCAAGCAAAGCGGAUGCUGCUGACAUGGGAGCGAGAAGGCUGACCCGAGGGAUGGUCUCGGAAUUGAGCCAAGAAAAACCGACCCUCGGGAAGCGGGCUGAAGAAAUUAAGACUCCAGAAAAGCCUACUCUUGUGGGAUUUGGAGCGAGAAGAGUGACUCGCGGCAUGGCGCAAGGCAGUGGGAAGGAGAAGAGAGAGAACGAGGAGGAAAAGGAGGGAGAGGAGGAGGAGGAGGGAGAGGAGGGGGAGGAGGAGGAGGAGGAGGAGGAGGAGGAGGAGGAGGAGGAGGAGGAAGAAGGAAAUGGGGAAGAGGAGGAUGAAGAUGGGGAGGAGGAAGUUGAGGAGGAAGUGAAGGAGGGAAAGGGUGGGAGUGGUGAGAAGAAGAGGACUGGUGAUGAGGGCGGUAGAGGGAAGGGGAGGGAAGGCGGAGCAAAGAAAAGGAUGACAGCUUUAGAGCUGUCUCUGAGGUCACGUGGGGAGACGCAGCAGCAAGGAGGGGAGGGCAGGGGGGGAGAGGGAGGAGGGAAAGGGAAGCAGGAGGCAGGAGGGAAGGGCAAGCAGGAUGAGUCAGGGAGGUAUGGCAAGGCGUACUCACGGACUCGGAGGAGAGAGACUGUUUAACCGGGGAAGGGUGGGUUUGGAGAGGGAGGAGAGAAAGGUGGGCAGGAUGAGGCAGGGGGGAAAGAGAACCAGGAGGCAGAGGGAAGGGCAAGCAGGAUGAGGCAGGGAGGUAUGGCAAUGCUUACUCGCGGACUAGAAGGGGAGAGACUGUUUAACCGGGGAAGGGUGUAAUUAUUGGGGAUGGUGGGGAAUUGGAGUGUUUUGCAGCGCAAUGGAAAGAAGAGAGGGUUGGGAGCGGAGGCGAGUGAAGGGGCAUCAUGCUGACAGGUAGAGGAGGGGGGGUUCAUAGUGAGCGGAGGCAUGAUGCUACCAUGCGGUUUUCAUACGAGCACAGGUUUUCAUCUCCGCGGGUGGAGGCGAGGUUUCCAGAGGGAGCAGAGGCGUGUGAGAAUGAGAACAGGUCGACUCAAAAGAACAGGUAGAGGAGGGAGGGACCACCAACCAUGAGCAGAUUGUAGGAAUGAGCCAGGAGGUUGGUGUUGCUGCUAUGAAAAACCAUGGAAACCUGCAAACGGGUUUUCAUGGUUCUGGUUUGGGAGUGAAGCGAGGGUGUUCAGAGAAGGAAAUCUUUUGGAAGAUCUUGUUGAGGGGUGCCGAAACUGGCAAACAUACAUGCAAUAUGUUAAUAUAGGCUAGUUAGGUGUAUGCCUUGAGAGAGUACAACCCCCUAUGUAAAAGUACUCUGUACUGUUGUUUCGAGUUAUCUCGCUACUUUGAGA